AUGAGUUUGCGUCGCUGUGUAGCAAUGCAGUUUCUCAAAUCAAACCCCACUCUUUUGAAUUCUGUGAGUAAUUUGUCCAGAACCUUUCUUUCUUUGUUCUCUAUCGUUUCUAUCCCAACUCAUUUCUCAGCCGAACACAUUCCCAUCAUUGAUUACCUCAACACCAACGUCAAACUCUCCAAAGCUCAAUCCGUCUACAUCUCAAAACGACUUUCUCAGGCUAGGUGCCCUCAGCAUCCAUGGACUGUGCUUAAUUAUUUGAAGCAGACUGGUCUUUCUGAAUCGCAGAUUCUAUCUAUGAUUGCUUCUAGGGUUCCAGGGUUCCAGGGUUCUGAGUUGGGUAAGCUUCUGUCAAAGAAUGCAAAUCUUUUGGUGUAUAGUUUGAAUAAAACUUUGGUGCCCUCUGUGGAGGCUUUCAGGAAAAUCGUUAAUAAAGAGAAAGAUUUGAUGAAGUUGCUUCAUAGAAAUGGGAAUUGGAUAAUCCCAAAGUACCAAAAGGUUUUGCGCAAUGCUGCUUUCUUCCAGGGUUGUGGGAUCGUUGGGUCUCAGCUUUCUGUUUUACUUACAUGUCAUGGUCGCCUUUUUCUUCAACAAGAGUCUCUGCUUCAAAACCAUGUUUCACGGGCUGUCAACAUGGGUUUCUCCAUAAACUCAAGAAUGUCGGUAUAUGCGCUUCGGGUAAUUUAUAGUUUGAGCAUUGAUAAGUUUGACAGGAAGUUGGAGUUAAUUCAGAGUUGCGGGUUUUCCAAAGAUGAGACCAUGCGAAUCUUCAGAAGAGCUCCCGCAUUGCUUCACCAAUCUGAGAAGAGGCUAAAAUUUAGAAUUGACAUGUACUUGGAUAAAGUUAUGGUGCCUAGGUCACUACUGGUUAGUAACCCUGUGAUUUUGAUGUUAAGCGUGGAGAAAAGGGUGAUUCCUCGAUGGAGGGUGUUCCAACUGCUAAUUUCAAAAAAAUUACAACUUGAUAAGAAUCCAAGUUUUCUUGAAGUGCUUGGAUUGCGGGAGGAUAAAUUCUUGGCGAAAUACAUUUCGGAGUUUAGAGAUAAUGAAAAGGCUUUAUUGGAGGCAUACAAGGGUCGCUGUCUCGAAGAUGGUUCUACAUAAUAAUCAACGAGUUCUGUUUCACAAUCUUGUCUGCUUGAAUCUUUGGAUACUUCAGAAUAUUUUUUGAUUGUGGAGAACAGAGAGGAAAGGAAUUGAAAUUUUCGUGUUGAUUUUCCCAUUAAUUUAUAUUAUAACAUUUUUAACUCUGUAUUUGACUUUUAUAUUCUUUCU